CGUAAAAAUAAACAGAAUCCAGACAUUAAAUGUAUUGAACACGUGAAAUUUCAAAUUGUAGCACAUUCAAUUCCCGACGAUGCCGGCAACGAUGGAGACCCUAUCAGAGACACCACGUAUAUACCUCGAAGAGUAUAAGAUCAAGCAGGAUGCCAACGAUUAUGGCUUGGCAGAUGAAUUUUGGGACUUUGAAAAGUUCAAAUCACAACUACAAAUCGUUAUCGUUCGCUACGAAGAAAGGGAGCUCGAAUUUGAUAUGAUUGGGGUAAGUCCGGCGAUUGCUAACGCCUUCCGCAGGCUAAUGUUGAGCGAAGUGCCCAGUAUGGCAAUUGAGAAGGUGCACAUUUACAACAACACCUCCAUCAUUCAAGAUGAGGUCCUCGCCCACAGACUAGGGUUGAUUCCGUUGAAAGCCGAUCCGAGGUUGUUUGAGUACAAAGGAAACGAGAAUGAUCCGGCCAAUGCGUUGGAUACGCUAGAGUUUGAGUUGAAGGUCAAGUGUACGAAGAAAAACAAGGAUUCUACCGACGUUUCGAACAACGAGAUUAUGUACAAAAAUCACAGUGUCUACUCUCAUCAGAUCAGAUGGAUUCCCGUAGGGAAUCAAGCAUCGAUUUAUAAGGAAGAGGAUGUUGGCCCAAUAGACGAUGACAUUCUGAUCAGUAAAAUGCGUCCGGGUCAUGAAUUCGACAUUAAGCUUUUUGCGGUCAAAGGAGUUGGGAAGGAUCACGCGAAAUUUUCUCCCGUUGCCACCGCUUCGUACCGUUUGUUGCCGGAAAUUCGUCUUAAUCGACCAGUAGUGGGAAGCGAUGCGUUUUUGUUGCAGAAAUGCUUUUCACCCGGAGUGAUUAGCAUCGACAAAGGCGACCAGGCGUACGUGAAGGAUGCUCGUUAUGACAGCUGUAGUCGGAAUGUGUAUCGUUAUCCUCAACUGGCGGAUGCGGUCACCAUGAGUAGGGUGCGAAAUCAUUUUAUUUUUACCGUAGAAUCUCUUGGCGCAUUGAAACCCGAUGUUAUAUUUGUUGAAGCGGCGAAAGUUCUGAAAAAGAAGUGCAGGAUGUUUUUGGAUGAAAUAAAAGGAAACUAA